GACUCGUACUCGAUCGACUGUACUGUGGAGUUAUUUGUAUUGACUCGAUAGUAUAGUGCACCGUAUACCGUACCGCUGACUCGCUACCAAUUUCCGAGACUCUUGUCGACGAACUGCAAAUCGUAAUUGAACUAGAGCUUCCCCAAAUUUCGGGGCAGUUAUUAGGGCUUAUUCGUCACCAUAGUGGUUCUACGGGAGACUAUGGGGGAUUACCUGUCCCCCAGAAAACAACAGGUAGUCGUCCGAUUGCGAGAGAGAAUUGAGAAAGUUCGGAAAGGAAAAGCGCAAUCUCUUCGAAUUUUUGAUUCUUCCACUCCUCAAAGGAGAGAACAAGAAAGGCAAGAUACACAAGAGUUUCAUCGACGAAUUAUUGAAAACAGAAACAAGAGAACUCCGAGGAAUGUGAAAGCACAAGAGAGUGGACAGUCUAAAGUAAAAUCUGAACCUAACGGGAACUGUUCAAAUAGCGAAAUGGGGCGAAAUCAACCCCAAGUUGUGAAAAAGGCGGUGGAUCGGAAACGACCCAAUCCCGAUUCUCCCAAUCGGACGGGGACAACGGAGGCGAUCAACCGAACCAGUGCCCUGAGUCUAGAGGCAAGCAGUUCAAGCAGUGGUGUUAGAGGAGAUGCAUCACCAGCUAAGAAGCCAUGUAUGGACAGCAAGCAGCAGCAGCUACCAGGACAGGUGCCCACACCGAACCAGUACGUCCAGCAACAAGAUCUCAACAGGAUGGGAGCCAACCACCAGGCACAGCCUACUGACAAUGGCGUCAACAACCAGAUGCCCGAGGGCGCGUCUGUAGCAGAUGGCGUCGAGGGGCUUGACUUGCUCAACGAUAUCGGCAACGAGGAUGAUUUCAUGCGUUUAUUGGAUGAUCCCAAUGGAACACAGUUGGAAGAGAUGAUGAAAUCCGGUCAGUUUAACCCUGAAAAUCUUUUGACUGAGCUGGCCAGGCUGGAAAAUAAUUUGAGUAUGCAACUUGGAGAAAUGCCCGACGUAGCCACUAAUUCACCUAGGAGUCAGGACCCAAAUAAACAAGGUGAUAUGAAACCUGACGCCGCUUCCAAAAAUGCAGAAUCUGGAGUGGUCCCCAAAAGUGAGAAUUCAGACUCAUAUGACCCCAUGAUGGAGGGGCCUCCAAAUACUGUAGCUACUGAAGCUUUGCCAAAAGGUGGGCCUUUGCCUAGUAUACAUGAAUUUAAACCUACAGGAAAGAAUGUUUUGAUCAAACAAGAACCCCAGCAAAUCCACGCCUCACAGGCUCACAGACUCAAUGUGCAGACAGCUGUAAGUACUGGUGCCCAGAACAUUGUACCCAAGGUAAACCAGCUAACUUCAAUGCAGGCCACUGCUACAUCAGCAGCAUCAGCGAUGAAUCCCUCAAUGAGAGGGUCAUUUGUGGGCCAACAAAGUGGUGUAUCGGGGCAGCAGGGAAGUUUCUUGACUGCUCAGCAGCAGCAGCAGCAAUUGAGUAGCAGGCAGUUUAUGCCGAAUCCCCGCAUGGCCAACAACCAACAGAGCCAACAUUCAAGGAUGCCCAAUCCAAGGCUCACUACUAAUAUGAACGCUUCCAUGUCAAGUGCAGACCAACUUACGCAAUUUGCAAAUAACUCUAUGCGAGGUCAAGGUCAGUCUACCGGGAGACUCCCAAGUAUGUUACAAUCCUUUAUCCAGGACCGUAGUCCGACCAUGGCCCUGUCCAGUGGCCAAGCAGGGACCAUGAUGCCCGGGCAGGCCUCCCAGUUUGUACAGCGUCCUCAGCAGCAACAGCGUAUGGCUAGCCCUGAAAUUCUCCAGAGGUUGCAGAAUCCACCCCAUUAUAAUGCCAAUGCAGAGCAAAGAAAGUUUGUGGCCAACUCGUAUGUCCAGCCAUCGCAGCAGAGUCAUAGCAUGCAGCAGCAGGGCAACAACCAGAUGCUUAUUCCUAGACGUCCUCCGCCUCGUUAUGACGAGACACCGCACCGCAACUCCAUGGCAUUCCAAGGUCCUGUCAACCAAGGAAUGCCACAACAGCUUGGUCAGCAAGGAGCUAUGAUGACACACAUGGCAGGACAACCAAACAUUCGCUCAAUCGCGCCUGGCCAGAGUGUGCAAGCCCACCCGAACAACGGCAUGGCUGCAAGCGGAGGUAACCUCGCUACCCAUUCCGGUAUGAUGCAGGGGAUGACCCAGCAGCAACCGCAGCAACAGGGGAUGAUGCAUCGUCUUACCCCACAGAUCCGACGUCAGAUCAUGCAGCAGCAGAAUAUGCGUAGCAUGCAGCAAACUGCAGCCAUGGGUAACCAGAUGAACAUGGGAUCUGUUCCUCCUGGUGCCGUCAACAUGGGUCAGGCAGGGGUGGCUCAGUACCAGCAGCAAAGGCACCUGCCUGGCCAGUGGACGACAAACCAGCUCUUGCAGCAUCGGAUGCAACAGCAGACAAACAACUUCCAAGGUAACAACAUGAUGCAGCAGUCGUACCCGACGCAAUCGCGCUUCCCUCAAAGAAACGUCAUGGACUCUGGCUCCAACAUGAGAACUUUCCAGAAUAUCACCUCUCAAGGUGGUAUGAGCAAUGCUACGAAUACAAACCCUUCCAUUAUGACGCAGCAGCAAUUUGUAGGUCAGCCAACACAGUCCCAGCAACAGCAAGCUCAGCAACCGACACAACAGCAGCAACAGCAGCAUCAACAACAUCAACAACAGCAACAACAGCAGGGCACUAUGCAACAGCCUGUUCAAGGUAACUCCAUUGCAGCAGCCAUGCAGAACGGUUCUGCUGUGAGCGCAACAAACCAGACAUUCGGCAACAAUGCACAGCAAAUGCAAAUGGCCAUGAUGCCAGAAAGCAACAACCAACAGCAACAGCAGCAACAGCAGCAGCAACAACAACAACAACAACAAUCAGGCAGCACCGACAUGUUAGAUUUGCUUGACAACAUCAUUAAAAAUGACGGGCCUUCGAGAACAAAUAGUCACGUGUAGGAUAUAGCGAGAGAGUCCAGUGUGAUACAAAGAAUGAUCUGAAUUAUGAUGAUAGAUAUAUGGUUUUUAAAUGAUAUUGUAAGAAAGAAAAAAGAGAUUUGUAUUUAUAUGAAAAUAUGCAUGUUAACGAUUUAGAGCUGUAGAUACCACUAUUUAAGUGGAAGUUUUUAAAUUAAUAUAUGGGUCUCUGUCUCUGAGACUGUAUGGAUAGGAGAGAAUUUUUUUGUCAGUAUUGUCUUAUCUUUUCUUUGAUAUUGUUGUCUAGAACAAGUGGUGGUUGAACGGUCAUUAUCUCUAGAUAGGUGUAUUUGUGUAAAGGGUUUGUUAAAUAAGACUAUCAUGAAAUCUCAGGUUUUGAAACUUCAGUGAAUUGUUGUAUCACUGAUUUUUAACUUCUCAGUGAUUCUUCUAUAGAAAGGGACGUAGGGUUUCCUUUCGUAAUAAGUGCACACUCUUUUUGCUAGAAAACAGUUGCCUUUAACUUGAGUUUGAACUUCUCUUUUGAAGUGACUGUGAAAUUCUUUUUUCUGGUAUCGGACUAUACUAUAAGCACUGACUGACCUUAACACAUUAAAGAAAGCAUGGUGCAUUGUAUAUCUCUUUCCUAAGAUUAGAUAUCAUUUUUCUAUCUCGAAAGUCGAAAGCAAUCAAUAUUUUUAAUCCUGGAAGCAAAUAUUUUGUAUGUAAUGAGAUAUGCAGAUGUAUAUACUGAAAAUAGGAUAGUGGUCACAAAUAUUUAUUAUUUUGUUACUUUUUUUUUUUCUUCUUCCCUUUUUUCCAGAUCUUUGUACCCUAAAGAGAUCACAACCAUUGCCUUAAUGUAAAGAAUAAAGAAUCAACGAGAAAGAAAAUUUGACAAAUAGAGUGAUUGAAGCAAAUGCCAUUUAUAGAUCAAAAGUCAGUGAAAUUUCAUAUAGUGAAGGCUUUGUAUUGUUCAUUUUUUAAUAAUAAUAAUAACAAUAGUGGGUUCUUGUAUAGCGCUCAUGUCUGUCAGACUUGACACUCCUGGCGCUCCCGAUUAAGAUUCAAAUUUAUCAAAAUCUUACAAAAUAAACCAAGUUAUUUUCUCUCUUAGAUUGUCGUAUGUCACCAAAGCUGCAUUUUAUCUCCUAAGUUGAAUAUAUGAAAAUACAAAUGUAGUGAGAAAUGCAUAUAUAUUUCUGAAAAAAUAAUGGAUACUCCAGUAUUUUAUUGAUGGUACUGAAGUUUAAGGUGAAUUUGAGAAUUACGAAGGUUAACAGAAUUGAAAAUGUGAUUAUGUAUAAACCAAACCAUUCAAAUGAAAUAGUAUUAUGAGGAGAGCUAUUUAGAGUAUGAAUUAACCCUAGACACGGUUGAAAUUUUCAUCUUAUAUUUUCUGAUUGCUGAAUCUCAACUAAAAAAAUAAUAAAAGUAAAAAAUAUCAGACCAUCAUAAGGGGUUCAAUUGAAGAUGCAACGUGAAGAGGUUGCUGACUGAAAGUGCUGGAUUGAAAUGGAUAAGUUUGGUCGUUCUCUGUGUGAGGGUCGUAUUUUACAUUUUCCUAAAAGAAUGAUAGUUUGCUCUUUGCUUGUAUUGUUUGUUCUUUUGUAUCAGCUCGUUCAGAUAUGGUGCUGUCAAACUGCAGCAUUUUUUUGGUAUAAUGAUGGCAUAAAGCGUAAUACCCUGGCCUUCACAUUGCUGUUUCUUAUAACACAGACCUCAGUGAAGGCGCGCAGGACCUUAAUUGCACACAGUUGCUAUUUAUUUACACGUUUUGAAAAAAAUUUGUGUGGCUUAUUUGCAGCAGUUCUCCACAUCAUAUGUGAACGAGCCUUUAAUGAUUUAUUUUUGGAAGAGGAAAGAUAGUAAAUUAUCUAUUUUGUAAUGAAAAAUAAUUUGAUAUUGACAUCAGAAUGGUGGACCAAAAUGAUUGAAUGCCAAUGAUAGGAUUGCAGUUAGAUAAAAGAAUACUGUUUAAUGAAUAAAUGUACAUGUUGAUCUGGUCUUGCGUAUUUUUAAAGGGAAUGUUCGUUCAUGAGAGGCAGGCAUGGUCUAUGGUAUCACUGUGUAAUGAAGUCAUCUGGGACAAAUCUAAACUAAAAACUAUGAAAUUUGCAAAUUUGGUGUUAAAUUGGCGAUCGGAAUACCUCGUUUUUGCCUCAUUUCUGAAAAUUUAUGGAUGCCAAUGUACCAGAGUUUUACUGAGCCCAUGAAGAUUACCUUCUUCAUCUUAUUAAACAAAAUCAUUCUCAAUUUCAAAGGUUUUUAAAAUUUCCAUGUCACAUUUUCAAGAAAACGGCUCAGCUCAGCUUUCACUAUGGCUAAUUUGGAAGAGUUAGUUGACUGAAUUAUGAAAAGACUACUGACAGCCUCUUCAUUCCUUAAGAAAUACUGUAACUAUGCUAAUAAGUGAGUAAGGUAAACAAAAAGCAUGUUUUUCUCAUUAUGAUAUCAGUAACUCGAAUAUAUUAAAUGAAUGAUACAUUUUGCUAUUCAUUUGUGUAGUAAUCUGUAUGAAAUGCAAGAGGCAACUACACUCUGUAUGUCAAUUGACUAAAUCUAAGGUUAAACCUUUGUCUGCAUAAGUAUGGAGUAAUGAUAUUCAUAUGUAAUCAGCCCUGUGAGGUGAACCUUCCCUUUAAAACACAAGAUAGCAGGUAGCCAACAAGGGUCCAUAUGGUUUUGUGAGAGUCUACGUUUACGUCAGUAGUGUUUCUCCUGGUGUUGCCAAGCAUAUGACAUCUUUCUAUGAGCCGUUUAUUUGAGCUCUUUGCCCUAGUAAUGAGUUGUGAUUUGGUUGGUAUUUCUUCUUUUUUAUUUUGAUAUGUGUAAAGCUUUUUUUUUUAAUUCACAAAUUGUAUACAAUCCAUGGGGAAGUCAUGUGUCGGCUGUAAGGAGAAGUAGAGCCUUUCGAAAUUUCAAGAAAAAUUGAGUUACUUGCAUGUAGACAUUCAAGCGGGCAACAGCAUUUUUGCAUGUUGAUGCAUGGUCUACAAGUAUGUCAUGUACCAGCAAGAACUCUGCUUGUCAGAAUCCAGAUUUUGAAGGAAAUAGUAGAGAUAUACUGUUCAUUGGGCCUGUGCAUGUUUUAUCAAAGAACUACAUUGUAUGCUAAUGAAGGAUGGUGUCAGUGGAUGUUAUCUCCUGUAACAACUCAACAAUUUUUUCAAAAUCUCACUUUUUCUGUUUUAUCACUGCUUUAUUUUGCAACAAUAAUAUAUUUAACCUUGCCCGUUUUAAUGACAAUGAUUUUUCAAUGACGAUCUUUGCAUUCAUGAUGAUAAUCAUCAAAUACAACAUUUUAAACCUGAUAAUGAAAUGUUUACUCUUCUUAAAACCAGCAACGCUCAUUUUAAUAAUGGAUUAGCCUUUCAUAUGAAAAUUUGUCCAGUAGAACAGUUGUUGAUGGCUGAUGAGGGAUGAUGGCUCGGUGGAAAGAGCAAUGGUCUUGAAACUAGCAGGUCCUAGGUUUGAAACCAAGGUGAUGUCCUUCGAUUUUUAAAGUAUUACCCAAUUACCGGGUCAUCUAGAUUAAACUGAAAGCUUCCAGUGUUCGGAUUACCUCCUUGGAAUGGUAUGCCUUCUGUUGAGAGCCAGAGAGCAUUAACUCUUAUUUGAAAGUAUACGAGCUACCGCCAUUCUGGCUCUCAGGAGGUGAUGAUUUCUGCUUUUGAUCUAACAGGUAGAAUAAAAAGAAAUAACAUCAAGAUGUAAUCAAAUUGCAGCUUCCUUAAGAUGAAUUUCCAUAAGAUAACAUUUUUGGAUAUUCUUGGAAAGAUCAUAUUUUGAAACGUCGUUAUGAAGCAACCUAAAGAGACACGAUGAGAGGCCACACUACACGGUCAGCAGGCCUACAUUUUUGCUUGCUUGCUUCCUUCUUUGUUGGGAAUAAAUCUUUAAGAGCGUAAAACCAACAGAGGACAGUAUAGGGAACAAGAGACACUGAAAUGAGCUCUACAUCUACAGGUUUUGCUAUUCUACAUAGUCGUAUUGUUGAAUCGAAACUUAAGGCUGGUCAUUAUAUUGAGUAGAUUGGUCUCAUGUAAAUGAUUUGACGGUGUAGUGAGGCCUCCCAUCUCAAGUUGCUUCAUAACGAUGUUUAGAAAUAUGAUUUGCAAGUGCAUUUUCUGUAUGGUAGAAGGAGACAGUGGUUUGACAAUUAAAUGGCAGUACCACUUCCGGUCACUUAGUUUUGUAUUGUAGGAUUACAGUGUGCUUUAUCCUAUGAUGUUUCAAGAUGGUACAACGUGCUAGGUCAUAUUUAAUGUCAUCAUUGCAUCGAUUCCACAUUGUGCUUACAGUGAUUAUUUGCUGUCGGGAAUCACUGCUGUCCAGUAUUGGCCUGUUGUUACAAAAGUCAAGUUAUAACUGUUGUUCCUACAUGCCUUUGCCAAUACAUUGCCUGAUGCACUUGGAGACAGACAAAGGGCUACAUUUUGUGUGCACUGUUCUACAACGAAAAAAAUAGAAGAUUAUGCAGAUCCACCAAACAGCAUACUGUAGUCUGCCAAGAUCUCUACUUGCUUGGCAAUUUGCCAGGAUUUCUGCCAGGGUUCUUCAUGCUGUUAAUUCUUCUCUUUUUUUUUUCUCUAAAUGCCUUUGCUUUUUUCUAAUGCACAAUUUCAUGUGUGCCAUCCCCACUCCCCCCCCCCCCUCUUUUCUCUCUCUCUCUCUCUCUCUCUCUCUCUCUCUCUCUCUCUUCUAACUCAUUUUUCCUCUUGUCAUAUUUAGAAUUGGCAUCAUGAAAAAAAUGUCCAAGGCUUAGUUUUGGGAUUCAGUCUCUUUGCUUGACAUGCAUCAGCAAAAGGGACUGAGACUAUCAAAAGAUUUGAUCAGGACCAGUAGUUCCCCCUAUGAAACUAAAUAUACAGUGAAACCUGUCUAUAAACACCACUCCAAGGUGACAAGAGAAGUGAUCUCUAUAGGCAGGUGGUCACAAUGUACAGGUUUCUAGGAGAAACAGUUGUCAAGAGAAACACAACAUGUGGUCUUUAUAUAUAUAGGUGGUCACUACAUAGGUUUCAUUGUAAAUUGUUUACAGUGGGGAGGAUCUCAAUUGAAAAUUCCACAAAGUAUUUUUUCUGCAAGGCAUUUUGGAGAAGUAAAAAAAUCUAUGAGUUCUGUAAACUUAUGGCCCAAAAUGCUAUCAGUUCUGUUCUUGGAUAUGCAUUGUGUACAGUAAUUUUGCAUUCAGUCCAUUGUCUUAAUGUGUUCAAUUCAGUCAAUUUGAAAAUGUAGAUUAAAAAUGUAAAAUGUGGAAAACUUGUUUAUCCUAUGUACAUUUGCUUGUAAUACUUAUAAGCGAAUGUUUUUAGUAGUAUCAAAGGUUCCAUGAUAUGACAAUUCUCACCUUUCUUGAUGUUGAUAAUUACCAGCACGACGUAAAAAGGCUUAGAUGGGACACCACCUUUGCAAUGGACCUGACUGCAAUCAAAACAGUAGCAUAGCCAAAAUGACAAAAGACGACCAUUAAUGAUAUUAUGGCAUCAGUAUAUUAGUAAUAAUACAGUAUUAAAUAUUCGAAGCAAUACUUUUUAAA